AUGUCAGGUCGCUUUCAGGUAUCUCGACUGCAGACAACUAAAAUCACAUAUCAGGGGAUAUGCGGAAUCCCAAUUCCAGACCUCUAUGGGGGAUAUGAUUACAAUUUUAGAUUCCAGGAAGAGAGCCCCAGUUCCAUAUGCAACCGUACACUGGAAACGCCCAUUGACCACGAUGCAGAAGGUCAAUUGUUUCAAUCCAUAGUCAUCCGUCACAACAAGGAGAUUUUUGCCGCACGUUCAUGGGUCUGCCAAAUAUGUGGAGAGCCUGCAAAGGAAUUAUACCAUUCCGGCCUUCCCUUUCUGAGUCCCCGGGUAGGAACAUCUCCUGCCUCUCGUCCGUUAUUUUGGGAUUCAGUCGUGCCAAUUUGUCGAUCUGCAGGGGAGUGCGAUCGGCGAGCGGAGCAGGCUGCCAAAGAUUAUGUUAAUAACAUACUGCGUCCCGAAUUUCCAAUCCCUUCUGCAACGAGCUGCGAGUGCUGCGGGCGUAAUAUUCCUGUGGUAGAAGGACCCUUCCACAACGUUAAUCGGUGUGGUAUGUUCCACAAUCAAGGUAUUGCUCCACCAUAUGCCAGUCCUUUGACUGGCCCAAGCAUAAGUGGCAAUGCCGCCAGGCACAGAAAGAACGCGCUCGAAAGGAAAAGAAUCGUACAUGUGGACCAAAAUUCCGUGUUUGCAAUACGUGAAUAUCGACGUGUCGGGGAAUAUUGA